AUGUCCUAUAACAGUCCCACAAUCCAAAAUGGCCGCUUGAGCCACCGACGCAACGCCUAUUUCAACCCCCGGCUCUUCCGCGUCUCGGAACUGAUUCAGCACCCAGUUCGGAUCACUUACCGCGAAUUCUGCUUUUUGGUCUGGCUCAUCUAUGCCUUGGUUCGAGGAUUCAUCUGCGCCAGGAACAUCGUGAUUUUGAUCGGAUAUACGGAUGUGAGGAAUGUAUGCUUCAUGGGGCUUACCUUUUACCGCUGUAGCUGGACCGUGGCUUGGGCUGUAUUUGACAUUAUCUGGGUAUGGUUGUCAGAGGUUGUUCCCUGGGCCAUUCUGUGUGCGGUUGUGGUGAUUUUGGGCGAGGCAUUAAUGAAGUCGAGAUGA